AUGGUGACAUCCUUCCCAUCCGUGGGGGAUCCAGCCUCCAUCGGACCUCUAUACAUUCUACACUUUGCAACGUCGAACCACGCCUUUCGUCUGCCUGACUUUCUCGCUGCCGCCGAAUACCUUCGCAUUCCAUUCGCAUUUGUACCGACACCUGCUAACCCUAUCCUUGAAGAGAGCCGCAAAGCACACGAUACUGCUGAAGAAGCUUCAUCCUCGACGUAUCGACCCGACCUUCGACGACCUUUCGCGCUCGCUCACCUCCCCAACGAUGAGGCGGCUGUCAACCUCCUGCGACGUUGCGUAUCACUCCGCUCCAUUUGGGCCUACUGGUCUCACGGGGGCAAUUACGAAGAAGUUCAUGCACGCAAUCAACAAGAAGCGAGCCAAAAGCUGUGGAAGCCUUACGUAGAGGAAGCAGACUGCCCCUCCUGGAAAGCCCACGUGUUCUCGUACAGCUACACGAUCAGCGACAAGCGUAAAAUCAACAUCAUCCAGAGCUUCAGCUAUAUGGACCUGAAAGGUCGUAUCCAGCUUAAAAAUCCUCACAUGCGAUGGGGUGUCAUGGAGGAGUUUGUCGCACAAGAGCUGUGGCCAGGUCAUCUGCGCGACGUGCACAACAACUUCCCUGGAGCAGGAAAAGAGACGGACAAGGUGGAUGGGAGGGAAGAGUUGGGCGACAAGGAUCCUCGACUGGUUCAGAUCUUUCUCGGCAGACGCAUUGAUGUUAAGGCUGGGUUUCUGUACUCGGAGAAAGCAGCAGCUACUGCACAACGUAAGUCAAGCGAUCCGACGCAGGAAGGUCAGACAGGCCUUGCGAGGAAUUUGAUUGAGAAGCUGAACCUGAAGAAGCGAGUUUACAUCGGGAACACCUCGAUGGAAUCCGAAAUGAGUCUGCUGAUGGCGAGCAUGGCGCUUGCAGGUCCAGGCAAGCUCGUCUACGAUCCCUUUGCUGGUACGGGCUCGAUGCUGUAUGCCAGUGCAGUGUUUGGUGCCAUGGCAUUUGGCAGUGACAUUGACGGCAGGCCGAUGCGUGGAAAGGAGAACAUCGGUGAUUCGAACAGCCAGACGGGCAUUGUCAAGAGUGCAACACAAUACGGCGUGCGAGAUCGCAUCCUUGACACCGUAGUCUUCGACAUGACGCAGAACCCGUGGCGCAAGGACCUUAUGUUCUCGCUUGGCGAUGAAGCAGGCAAGGCAGAGAGAGCGACGCGACCAAAGGGCAUUGUUGAUGGCAUCGUUGCGGACCCGCCUUACGGAGUUCGAGCUGGUGCCAAGCGACUUGGCAAGCGAGACCCGGAAAAGCAACGAACAGAACCGUACUGGAUGCCAAACGGUCUUGGUGCUGGUCAAGGAUGUUGGUCUCACGAGCGAUCGGAUUACAUUCCACCUAGUCGACCAUACCACCUCGAAGAUCUGGUCGAUGAUCUGCUUGAUUAUGCUUAUAGUCUGCUUAGUGAUGGUGGACGUCUUGUCUUUUGGCUUCCUUCGAUGAUCGACCCCGAAGAGGACGGUGAGAAGGAGGCUGAGGAAGGAGGAUACACAAAGUCAUCGGCAGCAAUCGAAAGGUCGGUUAGAGUCGAUCUGCCGCAGCAUCGACGCAAAGCAGGACAGGGACGCAUGCGCAUGAUCCACUACUCGCUGCAAGAUUUUGGACGAUGGGGACGAUGGUUAAUCACGAUGGAGAAGGUGUCGCCUGAGAACGAUGUGGACGACCAAGGUCUGCGCGAGUUGGAAGAGAGGAUGGGAGAUCUUGGCAAGAACAAGACUCUGGAAGGCAAGUACCGUGCCGAUGAAGAUCCACUCGAGUUCCGCAAUCGAUACUACCUUGCACGUGGGCCCAAGACUUGGCAGUGA